ACGUGGCGCUACGGUCUUCUGCUCAAGGAUACGCGAAAAUCCGCUGAAGGAGCAAAACGCGGCGCGUGGUACCCACAAAACAACAACAACAACAACAAAAAAAAGCAGCACAACUGAUUCGCUCGAGUGUACUUGUGUGAAACUGAGUGUGUGUGUGUGUGUUUGUGCGGGAGUAUCUGUGUGAGUGGAUCGUUUAAUUUUAUUAGCGGGCCGCGCUGCGUCAUGAAAAUUGCAGGCAAAACACAGAAAUACAAUAAAUGAAAAAUUAAAUAUUAAUUAAAUUUUGCAUACGAAUCGAGCGGCAAAAGCAGCGAUUCCGCUGAUUGAAAUGUUAAAUAGAUAUUAAAAAUUGAUGGUGUAUUUCGGCCGCCCAGUCAGUUCUUUUGCCGGAUAAGUCAGACUGAGCCGUACAUACAAAUAUAUAUAUAUAUAUAUAAAUAUAUAUAUAUAUAAAGAAGUAUACUGGCAUCUUGGCCAUCGGGUGUGCGUGUAUAUGACUUUAUUAAAAUUGUAAAUCCCCCAACUCGCGCGUGUUCUUACACAUUGUUUGUGGACUUUGCCACCGCUCCAGAUUUCCUUCCCAUUUGCUGUUGCACUUAUCGCGAUUACCGCACGGAGCGCUCUACCUUCCACCUUACACCUACAAGCACAACCACAACUACGACAACAACUGCGAAGGCAAAUGCAAAUGCAAAUGGCACGGCACGUCCUCCAAAAAAAAAAAUUGAAAUCGGAAAAACCAUGCAACAAUUGAAGGGCAUCGCACACCUCAGUGCCACACAGCGGCAGCAACAUCAACAGCAGCAACAGCAGCGCAAAAGUUAUGCCACGGGCAAAAACUGAAAAUGAAACAACUUAAUUAGUAGUUGCAGGAGUCGAGAGCAAAAAGCCGCGCACUCCCUGAAUUCCGAAUCAGACCAGCUCAGCCCUUGGAAGUGGAAGUAGGAGUGCAAGUAGAAGCUAGCACUACACAAUUUCGGGGAAUUUUUCGGCGAAGGAGCAACCAGCUCCGGUUAAUGUGUUCGCGUGUGAGUGAGAGUGGCUGCACUUUUUCGAGAAAAUUAAAUUGAAAACAACAGCAGAAGAAGGGCGAGUAAACACUCUGAAAUACGAGACGAGCCUGCUUAUAAAUUGUUACACUUUACACAAUGGAUUUGCCAGCGAAAAGGACUUCCACAAUGCCCCUAACGACUUCCUACAACGCCAGCAUCAGACGAAGCUGCCUGGCUUUAUUCGCGGUCUUCCUGUUCGCGGCACACAUCAGCAUAACUUCCGGUCAAAUCGAUUGGGACGACGACGAUGAUCCAGUUUCCACAGUGGCCGUGGAGGCCGUCCUGGGACGAACCGCAUCCUUGCCGUGCGACAUCGAGCCGGAGGCGAAGGACGAUCGGGUGUACAUGGUGCUGUGGUUCCGUGAGAGCGCCGGCAAGCCACUUUACAGCUUCGACGUCCGAGGACGACCCUUCGAGAAGGCCCUGUACUGGUCGGAUACCAACUCAUUUGGGCCACGUGCGUAUUUCGUUACCGGACAGCAGCCGGCCAAGUUAUCGGUGGACAACAUUCAACUGGAUGACGAGGGCGUUUACCGCUGCCGCGUCGACUUUCAGAACUCGCCCACGCGUAAUCAUAGAAUUAACUUAACGGUUAUUGUUCCUCCGCAUCAAAUACUCGUGUACGAUGCCUCCGGUCGCGAUGUUGCUGGAGCUGUGGGUCCAUUGCUCGAGGGCGAUAAUAUUGUGUUGACAUGUGAAGUGCGUGGCGGUCGACCCGAGCCCACGGUGACCUGGCUGAACGGGACGCGCACCCUGGAGGCGGGCAGUGGGGUGUCCAUGGGCCGCCAUGUGACCGUCAACCGCCUGGAGGUGGCCCAAAUCUCGCGCUCCGCCCUGAACAACACGUACCGCUGUCAGGCUUCCAACACGAAGCUGGUGGCGCCCGUGGAGCGCAGCAUCCGCAUCGAAAUGUUACUCAAACCCACAUCAGUCAAUUUAACCAAUAAGUUGAAGGUCUUCGCCUCGAACACGCAGUACAAUCUCACCUGCAUUGUGGCCGGUUCGGUGCCGGACACGGAAAUCAAAUGGACGCAGAAUAAUCGGCCCUUCAAACGUGGCCUGCUGUCAACGAGCCAGGCCAAUGGCAGAGUCAUAUCCACAUUGACAUUUUACCCACAGCCCGAGGACGACGGCACGAUGCUCAAGUGCGAGGGCUCCAACCCACGACUACAGAACUCGGCCAUCGAGGACUCGCUCAUGAUGAAUGUCAUCUAUCCGCCUCAAGUCACCUUGUCGCUGGGCUCCACACUGCGUCCGGAUGACAUCAAGGAGGGCGACGACGUCUACUUCGAGUGCCACAUCAAGUCCAAUCCCAAGGAGCAUCGCAUCAUGUGGUCGCAUGACGGCCAACCGGUCACCCAGAAUGUGUCCUGGGGCAUCAUCAUCUCCACUCGCUCCCUGGUUCUCCAGCGAGUGGGUCGCGUCCACUCCGGUUUCUAUGCCUGUUCGGCGGCCAAUGACCGCGGGGAAACCCAGUCAGCUCCGGUCAACUUGAGGAUACGAUAUGCGCCCGUCUGCAGCAGCACCACCAUCACCGUGAUUGGGGCCUCCUUGGAGGAGGCCGUGCCCAUUCCCUGCCGCGUCAACUCGGACCCGCCCGAAAUCGACUUCGAGUGGACCUUCUCCUCCAGCGGCGAACACUUCGAGGUGCCCUCGGGCCACUACGCCACCAUCCAGGACCCCACCAUGACCACCACCAGCGAUGUGAGGCGCACCGUCGUCGAGUCCAACGAAACGCACUUCGAGAGCUAUGUGGAAACCGUCAGCGAACUGAUCUACACGCCCAAAGGAGAGCGAGACUACGGAACAUUGGCCUGUUACGGCCGGAAUGCCAUCGGCAAACAGUCGGACCCGUGUGUUUUUCAAGUGGUGCCAGCAGCCAAGCCGGGGGCACUGCGAAACUGUACACUCCGGCCGUAUGUGGUGACCUCCGCCUCGCUGAACUCAUCGAAUCAGACGACAAUGCAUGCCAAUCAAAUGCUGCCCACACAAUACGGCAGACACGAGUCGAAUUACCCGCACAUGGAGUACGUACGUGAGCGCCAUAACAGCAGUGGCAGCAACAACAAUGCCAAUACCAGUGCCAGUGCCACUGCCCGGAACAAUGCGGCCAAUAAAAAUAUGAGGGGCAGAACGAGUGCUGGCCAGGCCAAAUCUAAUAAUAAGCAGCUCAGUCAGCUCAGUCAGCAGCAAUUGCAGCGUCUCAAGAAGCGGACAUCAUUCACACCGUCGCAGACAUUGGCAGCCAUCGAGAGGCAGCGCCAGAAGAAGCAGCAACAACAACAGCAACAGCAGCAACAUCAGCAACAUCAGCAGGCACAGCAGCAACACCAAGCCACUGCUGGCAAGUCCAGUGUCGAUAGCAAGCCUGAUGGAUCGCCGGUCAAGUCGCCAAAGCAGCGAAUGCGGCGUGCCAGCCAAAUCCCGCAGAGACAGCAGCAACAUCAGCUGGAUGCAGCCAGUAACAGUGGAAGUGGCAGCCAGUCCCGGCUUGCAGCAUCAAUAACAAGCCAGCGGAAGCCGGCAGAAUCAAAUUUAUCAAUGUCACAUGUAGGCAAAGGCAGCAGCAGCAGCAGCAGCAGCAGCAACAUCAACAGAAAGAGUAACAGUAACAAUGGCAAACUGCCAGCAAAGUAUUUUAAUAAGCGACAGAAAAACAUGCACAAACAGAAGAAACGGCAGCAGCAGCAGCAGCAGCACAAGAAAACAAACGAGCACAACAGCAAUAUAAUCCAUCAUUAUGCAACUUCGAGGAGAAGAAAACGGCUGGCACCAAAUGACAUCUUAGCAACUGUGGCGGCAGCAGCCACAUCGGCAUCAUCAUUAUCAUCGUCCUCGGCCACCUCAAUGGCAGCCGGCUCAACGGCCACGGCGGCGGUGGAAAUCGAGCAGGAUGUUGCUGCUGCUGCUUCUGCUGCUGUUGCUUCUGCUGCUCCUGCUCCUGCUCCUGCCAGCAGCAACAACAGCAACAAGCGGGCUCGCAAAUCCCUAACCAUUCUUGACAAACAGCAAAAGCAGCAGCAGAAGCAGCAGCAGCAACAGUUGCUGCCGCCGAAUGCCCCGCAAAUCAGCAACCAGCCAGUAGCAGCAAUUAGCGGCAACAAUGUCAAGGAAGCAGCAGCAACAUCAGCAGAAGUUGCAGCUGCAACAGGAGUCAAGGACAAGGCGUCGACCAAGAAGAACUCAACUAAUGACAACGGAGACGACGGAGACGACGGAGUCGACGGAGACGACGACGACGACGACGAUGAUGAUGAUGAUGAGGCAGAGAUGGAUGCUGAAACUGAGACUAAUGGCGACGAGGAGGAGGAGCAGGAAGGAGGGACAGGUGCCCACGAUGACGACGCAGACCUGGAUGAAGACGUUGCCCAGCUGCCCCCCGAUGCCGACUACUUGGCCGACGGACCCGGCGACCUGGCGGACUACGAUACCGUGGAGGAGGUGGACGGCCAGCCGAAACAAGUGCCCAUGCUGUCGUUGGAAGAACAACUGGAUCUGGAGUCGCUGGAGGACAAUGUCGAGGAGGAGGAGGCCGGCGAUGACGAUGACAAUGGCAAUAGCGAGGUCGAUGAUAUGUACAAUGUUAGCGAUGAUGACUUUGUGGCCAGCGUGGCCCUCUCCACAUCCGACACCACAUCUCAGGGCGUCGUCCAGAGGACAACGGAAGGCCCUCGCACCAAGGAUAAGGAUAUGGAUAAGGAUAAGCAUAAGGAUAGAUCGACACCGACCACUGCGUCCGCUGCUGAAUGGCAGCUACCUCAUUUCGACUACUCACGCAUGGAGUACAGUUUCAGUAACGGAGUCGUCACUCAGAGCUUGCUGGGUGGAUCGGGAACGGGGGCGGGGGGCGUUGCCGGGUCCGGACACGACGGCUUUGCGGGCGGCGGAACCAUUAAUUUCGACAACUACGACAACAUCAUCUACUCCACCAUGGAGCUGGAGUGCAUGCCCGGCUACGAUGGAGGCCUGCAGCAGCAGUUCCUCCUGGAGGCCUACGAUUCCAAGACCAAGAAACUGCGUCUCAACAUGAGCAGCACCUACAUGGAUGUGCCGGUCUUUCGAAUCGAUCUAUCAGAUCUAAUGCCCAUGGACUACUAUCCCGAUGCCCAUCCGGCCCUGCACUUGGUCGUCUACAGCGUCAAUCAGAAGGGCCGCUCCGAGCCGAUUGUUCUCGAGAAUGUGCCCAUCAAUGAGGCGGACAAACGCUCAGAUGGUCGCAUGAGCCUUUCGAUUUUGCCCCUGGCUGCUCUUCUUGCCGGCACAUUGUUCACCGUGGGCAUAGCUGUUCUAUCCGUGGUGGUCAUCGCCGUUCGCAGACGUCGUGGCCAAGGAGCUCGCAACAUGUGCGAUGACAAGGACAAGCACCUGGGCAUGGAUGUGACGGUGACGGCGCCGUUGGAAACGGGAGCAGGCCACCAGCGGCUGGUGGUGGCCUAUACCCUGAAACAGGGCAUCGAGAAGCAGCCGGACAUAUUGAGCGCCCAGAAGAGCGCCUCGACUGGCGGUGACGCCUCGUCGCCGCUGGGAAAUCGGCCGAGUGGUUUGUUCGCCGGCGGAGGUGGGGCAUGUGGUGCAUCCGCCGCUCCUAUGACCGGCAACGCUGGCAGCCACAAAGCCACGGACUAUGAUGCGAAUCCGCCGCACCUGAACAGCCCGCCCUCGCAGUCCAGCACGCUGAAGCUGGAGAGUGACCCGGCGGCGGCGGCUGGUGGGGGUGGCACUAGUGCCCGGGGCGGCAAUGGUCCACCGCUGCUGUACGACGCCAUGCCCACGCUGAGUCGCUACGAGCAGCUGGGCCUGAGCAUGGCCAGCUACGCCGCCGGAGCAGCGGGCACAGGCGGCACGGGGGGCAGCAGCAGCACGCUCAGCUCCGCCGGCAGCACGGUGAGCAGCGCCAUGGCCGCCAAUGGAGCUGCCGGCGGAGGUGGUUAUGCCGCCCACCUGCACCACACGCUGCCCCACAAUUUGGCCCCGCAGCGCGGCCACGAUCCGCUCAAUCUGGCCGACUACCUGACCACCAGCAGUCUCAUAGACUACGGCCUCAACAAGCCGCCCGCCGCCCACAUGACCCUGCCCAAGGGCAUGGGCAUGGGAUUGGGCCUGGGGAUGGGCGUGGGCGGGGGCGUGGGUGUAGGUGUGGGUGUGGGAAUGGGUCCUGGAGCGAGUCUGGCCAUGGGCAUGGGAAUGGGAUCCGGAAUGGCCGCCGGCACGAGCCUUUCGCCGUCGCAGCUCAACACCAUCACGCACAAGUCGGCGGCAGGACGCAACCACAUCAUCACCGACACACUUCCCGGUCCGGAGAGCUGCGUCUAAACACUGAACCCCUCCCCCAGCUCAUCGCUUCAUCCUGGCAUCCCAACAUCCCAACAUUCCCACAUCCCGGCAUCCAACCAAAAGACUGGCGCACAGCAGUAGCCCCAAAAAAAACACAGCCGAAUCAAGUGACAGCGAACUACUAACUAGUCAUGUGAAGCUGCGGUCAAAUCAGUGGUGGAAUUGGUUUAUAUAAAAUGCUAAUUUACAAGUUGACUUAAUCUAUUAUGAAAAGACUUAAAGCUUGUUGAAAUGUUCUUAAUUUGUUGGUAUUCUUAGGAGUGAAACUAUUUUAUUUUUACUUUGUUCAACACAUUUAAUUUUACACAAAUAAAAUUAGUUAUAAUCAAACCUUUUCAAACUAACAAUUUAAAAUUAAUAUGAAGAUUUUAAGACCUAAGUGAUGCAACAUAGAAUCUGAUUUAAAACCUUAAAACCAUAGAAACCAUAUUAUUUUGAGAUGUAAAUGAAAAAAGAAAUCUUAAAUUUAUACAAGAAUUGAAAAGUACCUUAAACUUAUCGGUCAAUAAUCAUAUCUAUAAUCAUUAUAAUAAUUCCAAAACUUAAUUACUUAUAAUUUAAUUUCAAAAAUAUUCUGAUUUAGAGCUCGACAUUUUUUAACUAUAACCAAAACUAAUGAAAGAAUGUUUUUGAAACUUCUUUGAAUCAAUUUCCAAAAAAAAAAACGCAAACUACUACUAAUUUGACCGCACCUGUAUGUGAAAAUCCUGUUCGGCGACGUCGCUUAGAAAUAAUUAUUAGACCUAGAUGAAUAGCUAAAGUACGAUUAUGUAUAUGUAAUGCGUGUGUCUGUGUCUCCGUUCGUUUGUAAAUGUUUAAGCUAAGUGUAUCCGUAGUUGUACUUGUAUACUAUAUACUUUGACUGGUGUAAAUCGGAGCCUGUUUCCAGCGCCUUGGAUCGAGUUCAGUUGUUAAUUUUAAGGGGUCCUCCCCACUAGGUGAAACUAAUCUUCCAAGCCCGCGAACUCGCCAAUAUGCUGGGGGCAGAGCUUCGCCACAAAACUUGUUGUUAAAUCUGUUCGCCCCGGCUGAAAUGUGGAGAACAUAUCCCCAAAAAAACAUAUCCCUUCCUGCCCAGGCCGACAACCAAGCCGCAACUAUUUGAACUGCCAUCGCAGGUCGAGAUCAAAGACAGGCCGAACCGACAAACGGGAAAAGUUAUAUUGGACACGUCUUGCGCCAUUGCGUGCCCAGUGCUGGUCAUUAUUUAACUUUUAAACACGCGCCAAAAAAGAGCAGCAGAUUUGAAUUUAAUGGUCACAGCAGCCGCUCCCCGCUGCCCGCUCCACGCUCCUUCAAUAUCCCCACUGCCAUUAGCAGUGGCGGCAGCCAACAAGUGAGCAAUAAAGAAAAGUAUAGAAAAAUAUGCGACGGCCAGUCCGCUGUCCACAGUCCGCUGUCCCCAUCCUCGAUUAUAAGCUCACGAGCGAUUGAAUGGGUAUGGAGCACAAUAAAAGUGGAGGAGCAGAAGAACUGGGCACGGAUUUGUGCGCACGAUAGCGCAAAACGAUGACAAUAAAUGGAAAAGUUUUUAAUAAGCUAAUAAAAUGAUUUAUGCGGGUCGACCCGGAUGAAAGGCACGCAGCUAGCUCCAACCAAUGGCGAUUUGAUGAGCCCGAUUUUGGCCACUUCCAACACCCCAUUGGCGGACAUUAGCCAGUUGGAGCCGGACCUGAAGCACACAACGAAUGUAUUCUUAAAUAUUAUAAACGGGCCUCAUUCGGGCAGUUCAAAUAGGGGCGAAACUCUUUCGAUUAUCGUACUGUUCAAUGGCAACUGUUAUCAAGGCAUUAGCAUAUCGGAAAUUCGUAUUCAGAGCAACCAGAAUAUUGUUCUAGAAAAAACUAUAUCAUAGACAAGGGCUAAGCGACUAUAAGUGUUCAAACGUUUGUCAUAUCAGUUGAGCGGUUCUUUUCUAUACAUAUAUGUAUGUCUUGGAUUUCUAACGAAUUCGGUAAUGGAAAACCAAAAAUAGUUAAGCGAAAAUCAUCGAUAGCGUUUAGUGAAAUCAAUGUAAUGUCAUAAUGUUUAAAUAUAAAAGUUAUAACUUCAUGCAAGUUUACCCAUAGACAAAGGUACCCCGCUGUAGAUAUCCAAAAAACGAGUGCGAGUAGUCAACAUUUAAAAAAGAACCCAAACCUGUAGCAUGAAGCCCUUAUGUCGAAUCAGCUAAAACUAUUUUAUGAGCCUCAAAGAGGCCAACGUUGUACAUAAAAAUAUAAAUAAAUAUAAAGGCAAGUCCCAAAAACAACCGACAUAUACACAUCAUUGUAACUAACUACAUAUGUAAAAAUGCUUAAAAUAUUUGUGAUAAAGUAAUAAUGUUAAU